GGCCGCCGAGCUGUCAAUCACGCGCGGGCUGAGCUCUGCACGCGGGAGCCGAGGCGGCGGCGGCGGCGGCGGCGGCGGCGGCGGCGAUGGGACCCCUGCGAGAGAUCUGCGGCUAGCCGGCUGCACUUGCUCCACGGGUCGGGGGAUCGCAGGCGGCAGAUUUGAAGGAUGAUGUGCCAUUGAAAAGAAAGGUCAAAGGCUAAACAAGGAGAAGAGAAAGAGGAAGACUUCAAAGAUGCGAAGGAUGAGUUCUUGCAGCAACAUCUGUCGGUCCAAGCAGGCACAGACUGCUACUGAGGGUAACUACCAGCGCUAUGGAGUCCGGUCCUACCUGCACCAGUUUUAUGAGGACUGUACCACCUCAAUCUGGGAGUAUGAGGAUGAUUUCCAGAUCCAGAGAUCCCCUAAUAGGUGGAGCUCAGUAUUCUGGAAGGUCGGGCUCAUCUCGGGCACAGUCUUUGUGAUUCUUGGACUGACCGUUCUGGCAGUGGGCUUCCUGGUGCCCCCCAAAAUCGAAGCCUUCGGGGAAGCCGACUUUGUGGUGGUGGACACGCAGGCCGUGCAGUUUAACGGAGCCCUCGACGCGUGCAAGCUGGCCGGGGCGGUUCUCUUCUGCCUGGGGGGCACGUCCAUGGCGGGGUGUCUUCUGAUGUCCGUGUUCGUGAGGAGCUGCUCCCAGGAAGAGAAGCUCUUCCAGCAGAAGUUCAAAGAGCGGAUCGCCGACGUCAGGCCUCCCGCCCAGCCCAUCACGAGAGCUCCGGGCCCCGGGGAGACCAAGAUCCCGGUCACUCUGUCCAGGGUGCACAGUGUCCAGCCCGUGUCGGCCUCCUGAAGCGCUGGGGGUCCCAGUGCCCACGCGGCGUGGGCGGGCCGGGGUCGGGGUCGGGGCGUGAGCUCAGGGCGGCCGGGCUCGGGGGGCUCGGGGGGCUCGGGGGGCUCGGGGGCGCGGCGGGGCGGAGACCCCAGGGAUGCGCCGCACCGCUUCUGGGGCGCUCGGGGCCGGCAGGUGCCCUCGGGAGCUCCCCCCGCAGACGCCGUGAUGCUCUGCUGCUUCCCGCGCACCCCGGGGAGAGCACCCAGCAGUUUAGACCAGGUGACCGACGGCUGACGUGCUGUGUUUUACUUUCUCAUGUUGGUCUCCUGAUCUUCCUUGUGUGGUGCUCCUUCCGUUCCUGUCUCACUACGUGUAAGAUAUCGUCACGUGUGUCCGUAGAAAAAUCGAGCUCCUUGGUUUUGACCCCAACAUUAGUCUUUCAACUCUAUCUUCCCCCGAGGUUACGGAGACUGGAUACGAAUUUAUUGGAGUUCUCCACAAAUCUUGUUUUGCUCUGUUUGGGUUUUUCCAACGUUUUCACCUGAAAAGCUAAUAUUGCCAAUUUUAGAAUCUUAGGGAAGAGAUUGAUAUUGGGAGUGUCUGUGCGGUGUCCAGAAGCCAGGGAAUGAGAUAGGACUAUGAACUAGCUGUGUGACCCUGGGGGAUUCGUUUAACCUCCCCUGGCCUCAGUUUCCCCAACUGUAUGACAAAGAUCCUGGAUGUGGUGGCCGAGAUUCCUCUUUUGCCGCCGUCAUCAUGUCUCCCUGGGGACAUGUUUGUGAUAUCCCCAUGGCUCACACCUCAGUGGGACUGUCUGAGAGCCCAACUCUCAGAAAAUCUCCGAAUCAGCAGCUACUCACCUUUCAAUAUCCAACCUGAGCAGUUUGUAGAGCGCUGUCAUGUUUUUAUAAAGACCAAAGUAAGCCAUCCUCAAAUAAGAAACCCGUGAGUAGAGAUUAACCUUAAAAAGGGUUUUCUUUCUCAGAUAAGAUAUUUUAUUCUCCAGCAAGAUGCUCGUCUCAUCCCUAUGCACUUGGACUUAAUCUGUGGAUUCAAACUGGACUAAGGAACAUGUGACCUUGGAUUUCUCUCAGAAAUUGUGCCACCUUCGAGUUCUGUCUCUCUUUUCUUUCUUCCUUCACUGGAUAAAUAAAAUAUGUGACCAAGCAGA